AUGGGCUUUGGCUGCUUCUCGAGCAUGGAGCGAGCGGUGUUCUGGAUCUGGGUCUGUGUCCUGCUCGACGCGCCGCUCGUGGGAUGUUUGGACCUGCACCUCUCGGAGACCCUGCGGCCCGGGAGCCUGCUGGCGAACCUGUCGCUCGGACACGGCUGGAUCUAUGACAUUGACAGGACUUUAUCGCCUAACUUCAUCCAGGAUGUUUUCCACGUUGAGAGGCGCGACGGCGUCAUCCGCCUGUCCCGCAAAGUUGAGUGUGCGCGCACGCAGAGGAACCCCGCGCCUGUUUAUUUCAGGACGGGCUCCUUGACUUCUAUGGACGUCGUUCUGACUCAUUUUAACGUGUUUGUUCACGGCCAGGACUGUUUUAUUAAAUAUAAAAGAAAGAAGUGGCCGGACAUUCACAUUAAACUCUUUUCCAAACUGGAUUCAACUUCCUGCUUGCCCGCAGGUACGUUGCUGUUGAAUGUGAAAGAACGUUUGCCUGCUUUUACGCGGAACGUCACGUUCGUGGACGACAGAUGCGUUGGAGACUUUGGCGCAGCGGUCAAACGCGGGGAUCUGGUCCUGGAGAGAGACUCGUGUUUUGCGCACAGAGGGCAGCGUGCGGGCAGUUUGCGCUGCGCGCUGCGCAGCUCCGGAGGCAGCCGGCUCUCAGUGAAUGUGAGUCUGACCCUCGCAAAAUCAGACACGUCUGGCAAAUUAAUCCACAGAGGGAAGCGGCAGAUAAACGCGUCUCCCCAGUUCCAGCUCCCCACGUAUCAGGUGUCCGUGCCCGAGAACGAACCCGCGGGCACGCGGGUUAUCACCUUGAAAGCCACGGACCCGGAUGAUGGAGAGGCAGGGAGGCUGGAGUACAACAUGGAAGCUCUGUUUGACAGCAGAUCCAAUGACUUUUUUGACAUUGACACUCAGACGGGGAGCAUCACAACCAUGCAGCCUCUGGACAGAGAAGUCAAGGACACACACGUCUUCAAGGUCACUGCGACCGAUAACGGGACGCCUAGAAGGUCCACGGCCUCAUACCUCACCGUCACCGUGAGCGACACCAACGACCACAGUCCGGUGUUUGAGCAGACCGAGUACCGCGUCAGCAUCCGGGAGAACGUGGAGGUGGGCUUUGAGGUGAUGACGGUCCGAGCCACUGACGGCGACGCUCCCUCCAACGCCAACAUGAUUUACAAAAUCGUCAACAGCGACGGGAUCAACUCUGUGUUCGAAAUCGACCCUCGGAACGGCCUGGUGAGGAUCAGAGAGCGGCCCGACAGGGAGACGCGCGCCUACUACCAGCUGAUCGUGGAGGCCAACGACCAGGGCAGGGACCCGUGUCCCCGCAGCGCCACGGCCACGGUCCACAUCUCCGUGGAGGACGAGAACGACAACGUCCCCCAGUUCAGCGAGAAGAGGUAUGUGGUUCAGGUCCCAGAGAAUGUGGCGGUCAACACUAAGGUCAUCCAGGUGGAAGCUACAGACAAAGACGAGGGGAACAACGCCAAGGUUCAGUACAGCAUCAUCAGCGGGAAUGUGAAAGGACAGUUCUACAUCCACUCCCCCACCGGCGUGAUCGACGUCAUCAAUCCUCUGGAUUACGAGAUGAUUCGCGAGUACAACUUGAGAAUAAAGGCUCAGGACGGCGGCAGACCUCCCCUGAUAAACGGCACUGGGAUGGUGGUGGUGCAGGUGGUGGAUGUGAACGACAACGCCCCCAUGUUCGUGAGCACGCCUUUCCAGGCCACGGUCCUGGAGAACGUGGCCAUCGGUUACUCUGUGAUCCACAUUCAAGCCAUCGACGGCGACUCGGGAGAAAACGCCCGCUUGGAAUACAGACUGACGGACACGAGCCCCGGGUUCCCCUUCGCCAUCAACAACAGCACGGGCUGGGUGACGGUGAGCGACGAACUGGACCGGGAGACCACCGAGUUCUACACCUUCGGCGUGGAGGCGAGGGACCACGGGGCGCCGGCGAUGUCGUCCUCCGCCAGCGUCAGCAUCACGGUGCUGGACGUGAACGACAACGUGCCCACGUUCACGGAGAAGACGUACGCGCUGAAGAUCAACGAGGACGCGGUGGUGGGGACCAGCGUGCUGACGGUGACGGCCGUGGACCGCGACGUCAACAGCGUGGUCACCUAUCAGAUCUCCAGCGGCAACACCCGGAACCGCUUCGCCAUCACCAGCCAGAGCGGCGGCGGCCUGGUCACGCUGGCGCUGCCGCUGGACUACAAGCAGGAGCGGCAGUACGUCCUGACGGUCACGGCCAGCGACGGGACGCGCUACGACACCGCGCAGGUCUUCAUCAACGUCACGGACGCCAAUACGCACCGGCCCGUCUUCCAGAGCGCCAACUACCAGGUGAUGUUCAGCGAGGACAAGCCGGUGGGCUCCACGGUGGUGGUGAUCAGCGCCACGGACGAGGACACGGGGGAGAACGCUCGCAUCACGUACGAGAUGGAGGACAACGUCCCUCAGUUCAAAAUAGACCCGGACACGGGCGCAAUCACAACGCAGAUGGAGAUCGAUUACGAAGACCAGGCCUCCUACACGUUGGCCAUCAUCGCCAGAGACAACGGCAUCCCUCAGAAGUCGGACACCACCUACGUGGAAAUCAUCAUCCUCGACGCCAACGACAACGCUCCCCAGUUCCUCAGGGACUUGUACCAGGGGACUGUUCUGGAGGACGCACCCGUCUACACCAGCGUUCUCCAGAUCUCGGCCUCAGACAGAGACUCCGGGUCCAACGGCAGGCUGAGCUACACGUUCCAGGGCGGUGAGGACGGGGACGGGGACUUCUUCAUAGAGCCUUAUUCUGGCAUCAUAAGAACGGCUCGCAAGCUGGACAGGGAGAACGUGCCCGUUUACAACCUCAGGGCCUUCGCCGUGGAUAAGGGGGUCCCGCCUCUGAAGGCGUCCGUUUUCAUUCACGUGGUGGUCCAGGACAUCAAUGACAACGCCCCGGUGUUUGAGCGGGACGAGCUUUUCAUUGAAGUAGAGGAGAACAGCCCGGUGGGCUCGGUCGUGGCCCGGAUCACUGCCAACGACCCCGACGAGGGCACCAACGCUCAGAUCAUGUAUCAGAUCGUAGAGGGGAACAUCCCCGAGGUCUUCCAGCUGGACAUAUUCAACGGCGACCUCACGGCCCUCACGGACCUGGAUUAUGAGACCAAAACAGAGUAUGUGAUCGUGGUCCAGGCAACCUCGGCGCCCCUCGUGAGCCGGGCCACUGUUCACAUCCGCCUGAAGGACAUGAACGACAACGAGCCCGUGCUGCAGAACUUUGAGAUCAUCUUCAACAACUACGUCACCAACAAGUCCAACAGUUUCCCAUCGGGGAUCAUAGGAAAGGUACCAGCGCACGACCCGGAUGUAACGGAUAAGCUGCGGUACAAAUUCGAGUCCGGGAACGAGCUCAGCCUGCUGGUGCUGAACGAGGACACCGGGGAUCUGAGGCUGAGCCGAGACCUGGACAACGACAGGCCCCUGGAGGCGCCCAUGACCAUUUCAGUCUCGGACGGCGUCCAUCGGGUGGUGGCCGUCUGCACGCUGCGCGUCACCAUCAUCACCGACGACAUGCUGACCAACAGCAUCACGGUGCGGCUGGAGAACAUGUCCCAGGAGCGCUUCCUGUCGCCGCUGCUCGGGCUCUUCCUGGAGGGCGUGGCCGCCGUGCUGUCCACCAAGCGGGAGGCGGUGUUCGUGUUCAACGUCCAGAACGACACGGACGUGCAGGGCUCCAUCCUCAACGUCACCUUCUCGGCGCUGCAGCCCGGCGGCGUGCCGGGGAAGGGCGCCUUCUUCCCCUCGGAGGAGCUGCAGGAGCAGAUCUACCUCAACCGGACCCUGCUCCGGCUCAUAUCCUCCCAGGAGGUUCUGCCGUUCGACGACAACAUCUGCCUGCGCGAGCCCUGCGAGAACUACAUGAAGUGCGUGUCGGUGCUGAAGUUCGACAGCUCGCCGCCCUUCAUCGCCUCCGACACGGUGCUGUUCCGGCCCAUCCACCCCAUCAACGGGCUGCGCUGCCGCUGCCCCGUGGGCUUCACCGGCGACUACUGCGAGACGGAGAUCGACCUGUGCUACUCGGGGCCCUGCAAGAACAACGGGAAGUGUCGCAGCCGCGAGGGAGGCUACACCUGCGAGUGCCUGGAGGACUUCACGGGCGAGCACUGCGAGCUGAACGCGUCCUCGGACCGCUGUGUGCCCGGCGUGUGCAAAAACGGAGGCAAGUGCGUGAACCGGCUGGCGGGCGGCUUCAUGUGCCAGUGCCCCGAGGGCGAGUACGAGAAGCCCUACUGCGAGAUGACCACCCGCGGCUUCCCCGGCCAGUCCUUCGUCACCUUCAGGGGCCUGCGCCAGAGGUUCCACUUCACCGUCGCGUUCACGUUUGCCACCAAGGAGAGGAAUGCUCUGCUCCUCUACAACGGCAGAUUCAACGAGAAGCACGACUUCAUCGCCCUGGAGAUCGUCAACGAGCAGAUCCAGCUCACCUUCUCUGGAGGUGAGACCAAGACCACCGUGUCUCCGUACAUCCCAGGUGGAGUCAGCGACGGCCAGUGGCACUCUGUCCAGCUCCAUUACUACAACAAGGACGGGGGGAGUCUGGUGGACUCCAGUGGGGCCGUGCGGCUCCCGCUCUUUACCGCCUGGCUGGAGCUCACUCAGAAGGAGCCCAACAUUGGGCGUCUGGGCGUCCCUCACGGACCCUCUGGAGAAAAGGUGGCCGUGGUCGCUGUGGACGACUGCGACAUCUCCAUGGCGAUUCGCUUUGGGAAGCAGAUCGGCAACUACUCCUGCGCCGCUCAGGGCACUCAGACGGGCCAGAAGAAGUCACUGGACCUGACAGGGCCGCUGUUGCUGGGAGGGGUCCCCAACCUGCCCGAGGACUUCCCGGUGCGGAACAGAGACUUCGUCGGAUGCAUGAGGAGCCUGAGCAUCGACAGCAAAGCCAUCGACAUGGCCAGCUACAUCGCCAACAACGGCACCGCAGCAGGUUGUCCUGCAAAGAGGAACUUUUGCACGAAGGACGUUUGCCAGAACGGAGGAGUGUGUGUGAGCAGGUGGAACACCUACAGCUGCGACUGCCCGACCGGCUACGGAGGCAAGAGCUGCGAACAAGUGAUGCCGUCUCCCCAGUUUUUUGACGGCCAGGCGCUGGUGUCGUGGAGCGAGCCAGACAUCACCAUCACCAUUCCCUGGUACAUGGGCCUGAUGUUCCGCACCAGGCAGUCCGCCGGUACCUUGAUGCAGGCCAACGCUGGACCCUCCUCCACCAUAAACAUCCUGCUGCGCGAGGAGCAGCUCCGCAUGGAGGUGCUGCUGAGGCAGCAGCUCGUGGCGUCGCUGGGCUUCCAUCAGGUUCGCGUCAACGACGGGGAGUGGCAUCACCUGCUGGUGGAGCUGCGGAGCGUUAAAGACAGCAAGGUCAUCAAAUACAUGGCUGCGGUGUCGCUGGACUAUGGCAUGUACCAGAAGUCGGUGGAGCUCGGUAACGACCUCCCUGGGUUGAAGUUGCAGUCUCUUCAUGUUGGAGGUUUGCCCGGAGAAGGAAACCACGUCACCAAAGGAUUCGUCGGCUGCAUCCAGGGCGUGCGAAUGGGCGAGACGUCCACCAACGUGGCCAACAUCAACGUGGCCCAAGGCCUGAAGAUCCGUGUGGAAGACGGCUGCGACGUGGCCGACCCCUGCGACUCCAACAUCUGCUCCGACAACAGCCACUGCCACGACGACUGGAGCGCGCACACCUGCGUGUGUGACCCAGGCUACUUCGGCAGGGACUGCGUGGACGCCUGCCAGCUCAACCCCUGCGAGCACGUUUCCACCUGCGUUCGCAAACCCAGCUCCUCCCACGGCUACACCUGCGAAUGCGGACUGAACUACUACGGCCAGUACUGUGAAAACAAAGUGGAGAAGCAGUGCGCUCAGGGCUGGUGGGGCAGCCCCGUGUGCGGACCCUGCAACUGCGACACCGGCAGAGGCUUCCACAAGGACUGCAACAAGACCACGGGGGAGUGCCGCUGCAAGGAGAACCACUACCGCCCGGAAGGGGAGGACACGUGCUACCCCUGCGACUGUUACUCCGUGGGCUCAAAGUCUCGAACCUGCGACCCGGUCAGCGGCCAGUGUCCCUGCAAGGGAGGGGUCAUAGGUCGUCAGUGCAACCGCUGCGAUAACCCCUUCGCUGAGGUCACCCCCACGGGAUGUGAAGUUGUGUACGAGGGAUGCCCCGAGGCGUUCGACGCAGGCAUCUGGUGGCCCAAGGCCAAGUUUGGACACCCCGCUGCUAUGAACUGUCCCAAAGGGUCCAUUGGCACUGCCAUUCGCCACUGCAGCGAUGAGAAAGGCUGGUUGUCCCCCGAGCUCUUCAACUGCACCACCAUCACCUUUUCCCAUCUAAAGAAGCUGAACGAGGAGCUGCGGCGCAACAGCUCCAGGAUGGACGGCGAGCGCUCCAAGGCCAUCGUGCGCCUGCUGCAGAGCGCCACCAACAACACGCCGCGCUACUACGGCAACGACGUCAAGACCGCCGCGCAGCUGCUCAAUCACGUGCUGCAGUACGAGAGCCGGCAGGCGGGGUUUGACCUCACGGCCAUGAAGGACGCAGAAUUCAAUGAGAAUUUGGUGCGGGCAGGCAGCGCCAUCCUAGCCCCGGACAACAAGGAGCACUGGGACCAGAUCCAGAGGACCGACGGCGGCACCGCGCAUCUGCUCCGCAACUUCGAGGACUACGCCAACACGCUGGCACAGAACGUCCGGAAGACGUACCUGAAACCCUUCACCAUCGUCACGGACAACAUGAUUUUAACCGUGGACUACCUGGACGUGUCGGACCCCGAGAAGGCAACGUUCCCCCGGUUUCAGGACAUCCAGGAGGCCUAUCCCAGGGAGCUGAGGUCCACCGCCCACUUCCCCCAGUUCAACCUCCGCAUGCAGAGCCACAGAGUGGAGGCCACCCCUGCCCCUGCCCCUCCGGCCCAAACCGAGCCGCCACUGGCUGAGGAGCACACGGCAUCCAACAGGAGGCGGCGGUACCUGGAGCCAGCUGCCCCUCUGCCGGUGGCCGUGGUGAUAGUGUACAAGUCACUGGGGAAGCUGCUUCCAGAGAGAUAUGACCCCGACCGAAGGAGUCUGAGGCUUCCCAACCGUCCGGUGAUCAACACAGCCAUAGUGAGCACCACCGUCCACAGCGAGGGUCCGCCCCUUCCUUCCACCCUGGACCCCCCCAUCACACUUGAAUACACCCUGCUGGAAACAGAGGACCGGACCAAACCCGUGUGCGUCUUCUGGAACCACUCUAUCGCCAUCGGAGGAACUGGAGGCUGGUCGUCCAAAGGCUGCGAGGUGCUCAACAGGAACAACAGCCACAUAAGCUGCCAGUGCAACCACAUGACCAGCUUUGCCGUGCUCAUGGACAUCUCCAAGCGAGAGCACGGCGACGUCCUCCCCCUGAAGAUCGUCACCUACACCACGGUGUCGGUCUCCCUGUUCCUCCUCCUCCUCACCUUCAUCCUGCUGUGCCUCCUACGCCGGCUCCGCUCCAACCUUCACGCCAUCCACAGGAACCUGGUGGCAGCGCUCUUCUUCUCCGAGCUCGUCUUCCUGCUUGGCAUCAAUCAGACCGACAAUCCGUUCGUGUGCACCGUCAUAGCCAUCCUCCUCCACUACUUCUACAUGUGCACGUUCGCCUGGAUGUUCGUCGAGGGCCUCCACAUCUACCGGAUGCUGACGGAGAUGCGCAACAUCAACCACGGGCACAUGCGGUUCUACUACGCCAUCGGCUGGGGCAUACCCGCGGUGAUCACCGGUCUGGCAGUGGGUCUUGACCCUCAGGGUUACGGGAACCCAGAUUUCUGCUGGCUCUCCGUCCACGACACGCUGAUCUGGAGCUUCGCCGGGCCCAUAUUUGUGGUCGUCCUGGUGAACAUCGUGAUCUUCAUCCUCGCAGCGAAGGCGUCCUGUGGUCGGCGGCAGAAGGCCGUGGAGAAGUCGGGCGCCGUCCCCGCGCUGCGCAUGGCCUUCAUCCUGCUGCUGCUCAUCGGCGCCACCUGGAUGCUCGGCCUCAUGGCCGUCAACAGCGACGUGAUGAUCUUCCACUACCUGUUUGCUGCCUUCAGCUGUUUGCAGGGAGUCUUCAUCUUCUUCUUCCAUGUCAUCAUCAACAAAGAGGCGCGGCAGAAGCUCAAGGACGUCCUUUCAGGAAACAAAAGCGUGCCUGACGAAUCCAGCACCACACGCGCCUCGUUACUCACACGCUCCCUCAACUGCAACAACACGUACGCGGAGGACGGGCCUCUGUACCGCUCGGCCUUCGGGGAGUCCACCGUCUCCCUGGACAGCACGCUCAGGUCAGCCAAGAGCCGCAGCAGCUACCUGGCUCACGCACUCAGGGAGGAGUCUGGUCAGAAGCCCAGCGUCUCCUCAGGCGCAGCGAAAGGACACACGGACCUGGACGGGCCCCUGUUCCACAGAAACGGCACCAAGGGAGACGACUCCGACUCGGACAGCGAGCUGUCAGCGGACGAACACAGUUCCUCCUACGCCUCCUCCCACUCCUCCGACAGCGAGGACGACGACAUCGACGUCAAGCCCAAGUGGAACAACGAGAGGAUGCCCGUUCACAGCACGCCCAAGGGAGAUUCAGUGUCCAAUCAUGUGAAGAAGCCUUACUGGCCCACAGAGGCCACCACAGCCAGCGACAGCGAGGACCCCGGCGGGCCGGAGAGGCUGCGGGUGGAGACCAAGGUCAACGUGGAGCUCCACCCGGAGAACAAGCUCAACCACAUCGGCGAAAGGGAGCGUGAGACGCUGCAGGAGAGAGACAGGCCGACGGCCGGCAACGCCAAGGAGGCGGGGACGCCCAGCCAGCACAACAGCAACCACCACCCGGAGCAGAGGAAAGGUAUCCUGAAGAACAAGAUCAGCUACCCUCCCCCCCUGACCGACAAGAACAUGAAGAACCGCCUGAGGGAGAAGCUCAGCGACUACAACCCCCCCACCAUCACCUCCCCGCCCCCCAACAACAACAACACCACCGCCGCCUCCGCGCCGCCCGCCUCCGUCAACAUCAUGGCGCCGUCGCCCCGGACGUCCUCGCUCACGUCCAACGACGGCGGUCGCCCCGGCAACCACGACACCGGCGCCCCCAUCAAGCCGCCCGUCGCCCCGCGGCCGCAGCUCCCGCCGGGACCCCCGCCGGCGGCCGUCUACCGGGAGACCAACGGCGGCGUGGCCAUGCACUUGAAGUCGGGGACGGUCAACGGCGGCAACGAGUCCGACUCCGACGGCAGUAAUGAGACUUCAAUCUGACCUGCUAGGAAAACCCAGACCAGCCUGCCCUUGUGAGGGGAGGGACGGAGACGCCCUGCCAAGGAGAGGAGAAGCCAGGACUGGAGGACAAAACGGGAAAAAAGAUGAUGAUGGAGGGGUCGAGCGCGUGGAUUCACCCAUUCCUUCCUCUUGCGCUCCCUCCCUCUGGAGAGCAGUAUUACAUGCAGACGUUAAGACUGCCUGAGAUGAGGAAAUAAGCAGCGAGGUGGGAGGAGUCUAAAGGGAAUGCUGUGUUGGGUGAGCGGAGUGCCAAAACCACCACGGGAGUCAGAAGAUGAAGAAAAACGCGGCCGUGAUCACGAGGAGUCACGUUCCCAGUCACUGGGUGAAGGUGGAGCAGGACUUUGGGACAGUUGCUUUCUCCCAGAGGAAGCCGGCUGCUGUGCAGUGAUUCAUCGCUGUGCAUGAACUCAUACAUGCUGGUACAGUCUUACUGUAGUCCAAGAGGUUCUGAAGGACCACAAAAUUAAAACACGUGACUUUUUAAUACGUCCAGCUCGUCCAUACUGGACAUACUGGUCCCACAUCCAAUGCUCUUCCUUGUUUCCAGCGCACGAAGCUUCUCGACGGUGCAUUUCAAGUGUAAUUAUUGUGCAGAUUUUGUCAAAAUGGCCUAAUUUGUAGUUCAGCAGUAACUUUCUGAACUAGAAAUCGUUUAGACUUGCUUUUCAGACGUGCCUUCAGCCCGGUUUGGGGCCUUACACGUGCGCGGCCUUAGUGAACACAAAUCAGUUCAAGCACUAUAAAACCUGAAGCCUGCCUUUCCGGGACCUGCUCUGCGUGUCAGUCAGUGCAGACUGGAUUUAGGGGUCAGUUGACUUUUAACUCAGUUUAAAUAAUUUGUCCAAACUACAUGAAUGAACCUGUUCAUAUGUCUGUCACUUCUCCCUCCAUGCCCUUGUACCAUACAUACUGUACACGCAGGUCAACAAAUGUCCAUGUGUUCCUUUUUUCUUUUUUUAUUGAACCAACACUGGAACUAUUUUGUAACAUAAUGUAUAUUUAUUUUUUAUGGUUUUAAGACACUGGAGAGAAAAUUACGAUUGUGACUGUAAAAUUAAAGAUGACAUGAUGACUUUU